UGCCGAAUGUUUUGGUUUUGGUGAUUUUGGUUUAGAUAAAAGAUCACAGAAUAACCACGAUAUUACAACAUUCUAGCUUAUGGAAUUAAUGUAUAAAGUGGCCAGGAUGGCUUCAGUAAAUUACACAGAGAAGCAGGACGACAUCUCAAAGGAUGACUGGAUUGGAAAACUUCGAGGUCUCCAUGUCACUAGGGCAGAUAUGAAUCGACUCAUCAUGAAUUACUUAGUCACAGAGGGCUUUAAGGAAGCAGCCGAGAAAUUCCGCAUGGAAUCUGGGAUUCAGCCAACAGUUGAUCUGGACACGUUGGACGAGCGGAUAAAAAUACGAGAUGCUAUUCAAAAUGGCCGAAUAGAAGACGCAAUCUCACUUGUGAAUAAUCUCCACCCUGAGCUUUUAGACAAUGACAGAUAUCUGUAUUUUCAUUUACAGCAACAACAUUUAAUUGAGCUGAUUAGGGAGAGGAAUAUAGAAGAUGCUUUAGACUUCGCCCAAACGCAUCUAGCCGAGCGUGGUGAGGAAAAUCCUGAAAUCUUAUCGGAGCUUGAACGUACAUUGGCACUACUUGCAUUUGAAAAUCCAGAACAGUCCCCGUUUGGUGAAUUACUACAUCCCUCUCAGAGACAAAAGGUUGCAAGUGAAUUAAAUGCAGCAAUUCUGGAAAUGGAAAACCGAGAGUCGACGCCAAAAUUAGCAAACUUAUUGAAACUGUUGCUCUGGUCACAAGAUGAACUUGACAAAAAGAAAGUGAAAUAUCCCAAAAUGGUGGACUUGGCUUCUGGUGAGAUACAGGAACCGAAGUGAUGUGUUCAGUGUGUGUGUCUGUAUGCAACUUGGCCAAGUCAAAUGACGUCAACAAAAACCAAGUCAAAAUAAACUGAGGUCACAUUUUAUCUGGAGGUUGACAAAAUCCUGUCCUUUUUGUGACGGUGCCCAAUUCAAAGGAAUUGUCUAACAUGGGAUGGAUUCUUCAAGAACAUCCUGAUGGUGGUCUGGAUGUGAACAAAAACAUUUUAGAACCUUCCAGUGUGAAAUUUCCUGUAUUCUGACAAAUUACCUGUUUGACUUGCGCAAGUUUUAUGUAAUUAUUAGAAAAUGGUAUCGACGGAAUUAAUGAGGGUGCAUAGCUGUUUAUGGAAUAUUUAUGACGUGUUUUGACCCUGUUUUGACGGUGCAUUCAGUUACAUGUGGAGUAAGUUAGCGAUGUUCGGAGGCAUCCAGUAGCUGACGGAAGCGUCAUUUCAGGAAUAGCUGUUUUAACAAGUUUGUUACUCUCUAUGAUCAGUUCCAGUCUUUAUUUUAUACGUGAGGGCUGAUCCCUUUCAAUACAUUUUGGUACUUUGUUGGUUCAUGAAAACUGUAAUACCUGAUUAGAGUAGGUGGAAAAUUCAAAGUGUGUUGUAAUAUUGCUUCACUUUUCUUCCAUUUAUUUCAAACAAUACUUAAAGGGGUACGUCGUUGGUAAUUACUUGUGGUCCAGUUCAAUAGAAAUCCUCCAAUACACAAUGCCGUAGUGCAGUUGUUGUGAAUACAAAUUUUUUAAAACUUGGUAUUCAUAGUAUUUGUAAAUUAGUCUACACAACGGCAAUGUUGAAAUUUAUAUUUAGUAGGUAUUUCCGCAAUUGGACAUUUUCAAAUUCAAUUACAAAUUCAAAACUUUUACCGAACGGCGUAGGCCUUUAAGAGCUGCCAAGUGUUGUCUGUCGGGUAAGUCAGGAUAAUGUGCCUGUCUUUAAAUUUCUAUACCUAGAAUAUGGAAACAAAUACUGUUCAAAAUCUGUAGACAUCUCAAAUGACAUGUUAUGCAUAUCUCGUGUGAAUUUCAUCACAGUAGCCUUUGGACUUAUUUGGCAGUUAUAUCAUACCUUCUGUUGGACGUCGCAUCAAAAAUCACAGCAUUGGUCAUUCACCAUUUUCGUUAAGAAUGAGCCACUAAUAAAUUUUGGAUUGAAAGCUUUGGGACCACAAAACAAAACAAUAGAUAUCGACAUUUAGCCUGAAGAAUAUCAACGUUAUCUUUUCGGGCUGUAUAAUUUGAUUCAAGGACCAGAUACUAGCUUCUUUCGGCACAUCCUGUGCCUUUUUCAAAUUAUACAUGUACUUGGUGAGGCACAGAAUGGAGUAUACAGCCUAUCACAUAUUCAUCAAAGUCCAGGGAAUCCUCUUUCCUUUUAUAGUUUGUAGUUUCGAUUUGUCGGAUACCACGACGACAGCUUUCGAGCCAUAAAAUGUAACUUUUGAAUGAGUCACCUGAUGGGCUUCAAUUUCCUGUGCAUGAUGGGGUGGAGUGGGAUGGCUGCAGUCACGUAGCACAGUUGCCCUGCACUAUUUUCCCUGAGCAAUGAAUCAUAAAUUCAAAAUCACACCAUCUGAAAAUCUGUGCUCGUUUGCUUCGGUAAGCUACGCUUCGCGUUGCCCUUGUUGGCCAAAUGAAUAUUCAACUCUCAAAAAGCAUCUCAGUAAUAUACGGUAUUCUUCACAGGUAGAUCGACACAAAAAGUUCAUUGUAAAAUUUGUAAGAUUUUUUUAUUGGUGUUUAGGAGCAUGUUGAAGUAUUUUAAAUAUUUCUAUUGUCAUAUGAUAUGAAUUUUCAUCAAAUAUUAAAUGAGA